AUGAAGAUGGCAACAUCAGAGUUAGAACGUCAACUUCAGGCCACAGAGGAAUGGCAGAAGGCACAGCAGGGACUGGGCUACAACGGCAACAUCCCCGAGAUGAUCGCGGCCAGAGCCCGCUGCGCGAUUGCGUGCGACGCGCUCAACGACUCUAGGGACUAUUCCCGCCGCAAUCAAGUCGAGCUGUGGAGGAGACUCACCCUGGACGAGCGAGCCCUGCCGCCGCGCGCGGCGACCGAGGCCGAAGACGAGGCCCUGCUGGAGCGCGAGCCCUUCGUCUGCGCACCCGUGCGCGCCGAGUACGGCUUCAACAUCCGCCUCGGUGAGUCGACCUGGGUCAACUGGAACACGACCUUCCACGACACGGUGCCGGUGACCAUCGGGGCGCGGUCGCUGGUCGGGCCCAACUGCGCCUUCUACUGCGGUGCGCACCACGUGGACCCGGCGCUGCGCGAUGGCGACCGCGGGCUGUGGUUCGAGCGGCCGAUUAUCGUCGGCGAGGACUGCUGGAUUGGUGGCAACGUGGUGGUGCUGGGCGGCGUGACGAUCGGGAGGGGGUGCACCAUCGGCGCGGGGAGUGUGGUGACGAGGGAUGUUCCCGCGUUUCACGUGGCGACGGGGAACCCGGCGAGGAUCUUGCGGAAGAUUGAGACGGCCAUGGACGGUGGCGGUGAGGAGGAGGCGGUUCAAGAAAGGUGA